UCAUACGUCUCCCUCCCCCUCUGCAAACAAUAACUCUACGUGCCCGCUGCUGGCUGCACUGCUCUUUCUCUCUAGGAGACUACGAUGGCUGGGAAAGAAAAGCUCAACUUCCAGUCCAGACGGUCACCUGUGCUGGGCACCCAUGCCGCGGUGUCUACCUCCCAGCCCCUGGCGACGGAUAUUGGCGCCAGGAUCCUCCGGUCGGGUGGCAAUGCGGUCGAUGCCGCCGUCGCGGUUUCUGCUGCCCUAUGUGUGCUGGAGCCCUGCUCUACCGGCCUUGGGGGCGACAUGUUCAUGCUCUACUACGAAGCCUCCACCAAAGAAGUACACGCGGUGAACGGUUCCGGCAAGGCACCCGCCGCCCUCUCCCUGGAACGCUGCCUCGAAGACCUGGGAAAGGCAACGCCGGCGACGGCGCCAGAAGCAGCUGCGGCCGCCGCGGGCGGCGGCUGCGGCAGCGGUAGCGGUCCGAAAGAUAUACCUCCGUGCCACCCCCACUCGGUGACAGUCCCCGGGGCCGCGGCCGGGUGGUGCGACUCGUUGUCGAAGUUCGGCUCCGGCGCGUUGACACUCUCUGAGCUCAUGGAGCCGGCGGCAGUGCUUGCCGAGGAGGGUUUCCCCGUGUCGCCCAUCACCGCCCAUCACUGGGGGCUGAAUGCGUAUCAGCUGGAGACGGGGCCCAACAAAGGGGCAGCCCUGCUCAUGCCGAACGGGAGGACGCCGUCGGCGGGCGAAGUGUUUCGGAACCCCGACAUGGCGGGCGUGUUGCGUGAGCUAGGGACAGGCGGGAAGGAGGAAUUCUACGGCGGCCGUAUCGGGGAAGCCGUGGUGAAGGUGCUCCAAGAAAUGGGCGGUGUGCUCACGAUGGAAGACCUAAAGGCCCACACCACCGCUUUCGUGGAGCCCAUCUCCGUGGAGUUCGCCGGGGUACGCGUGUACGAGGUCCCGCCGAACGGGCAGGGCAUCGCCGCCCUGCUGGCCCUCAACAUCCUCAAGGAGCUAGGGGUAGUCGAAGAAGCGAGGGCUGCUGCUGCUGCUGCCACUGCGGAGGAUGGCGGGGAAGCGGCGUACCUGCAUAGACUGAUCGAGGUUCUCCGUCUUGCCUUUGCGGACACGCGGUGGUACUGCGCGGACAUGGACAAGGCGGAAGUACCGGUGAAGGAGCUGCUAGGGCAGGCUUACGCCGCGGAGCGUGCCCGCCUCUUCGACCCGACGAGGGCGUCAGCCGACGUGAAGAAGGGUACUCCGACCAAAAGCUCGUGCACAGUGAGCUUCCAGGUCGUCGACGAUCAGGGAAAUGCCGUGUCUUUUGUGAACUCCAACUACAUGGGGUUCGGUUCCGGUAUUGUCCCGGAUGGGUGUGGGUUUUCCCUUCAGAGCAGGGGCUCUAACUUUGUGCUCGACGCCGAGCACCCCAAUGUUCUGGCACCGGGAAAGCGGCCGUACCACACAAUCAUCCCUUGCAUGGUGACGUCAGAGGCCACAGGAGAGCUCUUCGCAACGAUGACCAACAUGGGCGCAUUCAUGCAACCCCAGGGCCACGUGCAGCUUCUCUCGAACCUGCUCCUGCGGGGGAUGGACCCCCAGGCCGCCAUCGACGCACCCCGCUUCUGCAUUCGCGACGGCAUGGCCAACGGGGCCGUCGCCCUUGAGCCUUGGCACCCCGACGUCGCCGCUGCCGCCGCCGGCCGUGAUACCCCAGAGGGUGCUGACAAGGGCGAAGAGGGCUAUGAGGCGGUAAUAUCGGAGCUCCAGCGUAUGGGUCACGACAUCAAGGUGGUGCGGGGGCACGCGCGAUGUGAGAUGGGGCGAGCUCAGAUUAUUCAGCGCAAAAUGAGUGGUGGCACCCAGGUCCUUUGGUGCGGGUCGGAUGGAAGGGCUGACGGGUGUGCUGUAGCGUGGUAAUGUGGCAACGUGGUAUUCUAUUAUUGGUGCAAAUACCAUGGUACGAAUGGUACAGGACCAUGGUACCACAACCGCCGAGGAGCAAGUGACAUCGCGUCGGAAAGAGGAGUUGUUUUUUUGUGUGUACUUUUGUCCAGCAAGUGCGGCUGGUUGCGUGAGAUGAAAAGGAGAAGAAUACUUAGAUGAUGAUGGUGUGUGAGUGAUCGCGCGAGGUGGAUAAGCAGCUACCAGAAAACUGUUGCGCGUGUUUGCCUUGUCCAAGAAGCUACGUGAAACGCCUUUUUUUUUUCGGGAGAGACGGCUCCAUUAUAUCACCCCCUGGUCUCUCCACAUGUCGCGUUUUCACGAAAGUCUUCACCCACGGUCAUUUGGCGGUAAUACGGUAGGAUUCGGCACGGCACAAGUGUGUGUGUGUUUCUUGGUGUCUGGUGCUGCCUCUAUUCUUCGGGCGGCCAGAGCAAGCCUUGACGCAACCUCAUACCGAGACUUGGCGAUUUUUCAAAGGUGGAGGUGGCGGAAGGUAGCUUGUGGCACCAGUACUUCCCCUACAUGUCAUGGCAGCUUGGAGGUGUAUGAAUGGUGUAAUGUAAGGCCGUGGACAAGGCGGACAAGAUUCCGUUUUAGGUUCUUUCGUUUCGGGAGCAGCAACCAAUCCUGUGCAGCAUUGAAACGUACGAACGUCGUGGAAAGUCCAAAACAACUGUCAAAAUCACGCGGAGGUCGUU